CACGCUGCCAGCCUGAUUUCUGACUAAUUCCUGUCUUUAAAGAGUUCAUCAGCCAGUUGUCACUUAGCUCGCAGCCUCUUUAUUUGCGUAGGCUGACAGAAAACAACAACUCUUAAACCUCCAGGAUGCACCUGGAUAGGUGAGGGUGUCCUCCACGCAAAGGGAGACAUCACCCGGGCUGUCCACAGAGCGCGUCUUUCUCUCCGGGUGUCCACUCCUUUUUGGGCAGAUCACCCUCCGAUGCAAUUAACCCAGGAAGACGACUGUGUCAAGAGGGACUCAACGCCGACCACCGCAGCUCUCCAGUCCGACGGCAGCGCCGGAUCUCCGGCCAAAAUGUGCAGUGAAUGUUACGUGAAUCAGACAUUUGUGCACGAUGACGGGACCGUGAACCACCACAAGCCACGGAUGCUGUUUGAACAUCUCAUCUCACAGAACAAGCUGCAAACAGACAGCUCCUCUCCAGCACCACUCCUUACCAGCAGCAACAAAAGCGGGGUCAUCUUAGACAUCUCCACCCUUAAGAUGGAGCAGCAGGAGAGCGAGGAGGUGCCUCCGCUGCCGCCCCGCUUCCGCUUCAGAGACCUACUCCUCGGUGACCAGAGCUUCCAGAACGAUGACAGGGUGCAGGUGGAGUUUUAUGUGAAUGAAAACACCUUCAAGGAGCGUUUGAAGCUUUUCUUCAUCAAAAACCAAAGAUCAAGCCUUCGGAUUCGUGUGUUCAACUUCUCCCUGAAGCUGCUCACCUGCCUGCUCUACAUCAUCCGAGUGGUGACAGAUAACCCGGGUCAGGGCGCCAGCGGCAGUCACAGCGCAGGACAGCAAAACGCUCCCAGUGGCAACAACAAAUGUGUCGACUGCCAGUGGAACGGAUCAGUGCAGGACAGAGAAAUUAACUGGGAGUUGAUCUUCUGGGUCGACAGAAAACUUCCUGUCUGGGCCAUUCAAGUGAUUGUAGCCAUCAUUAGUUUCCUGGAGACGAUGUUACUGAUGUAUCUGAGCUACAAGGGGAACAUUUGGGAGCAGAUAUUCCAGGUGUCCUUUCUCCUGGAGAUGAUCAACACUGUUCCCUUCAUCAUCACGAUCUUCUGGCCAUCAAUAAGAAACAUCUUCAUUCCCGUGUUUCUCAACUGCUGGCUGGCCAAGUGUGCUUUGGAGAACAUGAUAAAUGAUGUCCACAGAGCAAUCCAGAGGACAAACUCAGCCAUGUUCAACCAGGUCCUCAUUCUCAUCUGCACCCUGCUCUGCCUGGUCUUCACUGGCACAUGUGGAAUCCAGCACCUGGAGCGAGCAGGAAAAAACCUCUCCCUCUUCAACUCCUUCUACUUCUGCAUCGUCACCUUCUCCACCGUGGGCUUUGGAGACGUCACUCCCCGCAUAUGGCCCUCCCAGCUGCUGGUGGUCAUCAUGAUCUGUGUGGCUCUGGUGGUGCUGCCUCUGCAGUUUGAAGAGCUGAUGUACCUGUGGAUGGAGAGACAGAAGUCUGGAGGGAAUUACAGCCGCCACAGAGCGCAGACGGAGAAACACGUCGUGCUUUGUGUCAGUUCGCUAAAGAUAGACCUGCUCAUGGAUUUUCUCAAUGAAUUCUAUGCUCAUCCCAGACUGCAGGAUUACUAUGUGGUGAUCCUGUGUCCAAGUGAAAUGGACCUCCAGGUGCGCAGAGUUCUGCAGAUCCCUCUGUGGUCUCAGAGGGUCAUCUAUCUGCAGGGAUCUGUUCUCAAAGACCAGGACCUGCUCAGAGCCAAAAUGGAUGACGCCGAGGCUUGUUUCAUUCUGAGCAGUCGUAACGAGGUGGAUCGCAUGGCUGCGGACCACCAGACCAUCCUGAGAGCCUGGGCAGUGAAGGACUUUGCUCCAAAUUGUCCGCUUUAUGUCCAGAUACUCAAACCUGAAAAUAAGUUCCACGUGAAAUUUGCAGAUCAUGUUGUGUGUGAGGAGGAGUUCAAAUAUGCCAUGCUGGCUCUCAACUGUGUGUGUCCCGCCACCUCCACGUUGGUCACGCUCCUCGUACACACCUCCCGCGGACGAGAAGGACAACAGUCUCCGGAGCAGUGGCAGAGGAUGUACGGAUGUUGCUCCGGCAAUGAGGUCUACCACAUCCGAGUGUGUGACAGCAAGUUCUUUGGAGAGUAUAACGGCAAAAGCUUUACAUACGCCUCCUUUCAUGCCCACAAGAAGUAUGGCGUGUGUCUGAUCGGUAUAAAGAGGGAAGACAACAAGAGCAUCCUUCUUAACCCAGGCCCGCGCCACAUCAUGGCCGCCUCAGACACCUGCUACUACAUCAACAUCACCAAGGAGGAGAACUCGGCCUUCAUCUUCAACCAGGAGGAGAGGAAGGGCCGUAGUACCGGGGGACUCUUUGACGGACCCUCGCAGCUUCCUGUGCACAGCAUCAUCGCCAGCAUGGGCACUGUCGCCAUCGAUCUUCAGAACACGAGUCCACCCGACCCCUCAGGUGGUAAACUGGUCCCGCCUACAGUAAACGGGACAGGGGGCCGCCGGCCGAGCAUCGCUCCGGUUCAGGAGAUCGCCGACUCGUCCUCAAUCCUGCCAUGUGACCUCCUCAGUGACCAAUCAGAAGACGACUCUGUCUUCAUAGAUGAGAAAGGCCACCCGUCUACUGAGUACGUGAAAGGUUAUCCCCCUAACUCUCCGUACAUUGGGAGCUCGCCCACCUUGUGCCAUCUGUUGGCUGAAAAAGCCCCGUUUUGCUGCCUACGACUGGACCAGGGUUGCAGGCACAACAGCUACGAGGAUGCAAAGGCUUACGGUUUUAAAAACAAGCUCAUCAUCGUGUCAGCUGAGACGGCAGGGAACGGUCUGUAUAACUUCAUAGUGCCUCUCAGAGCUUAUUACAGACCCAGGAAAGAACUCAACCCCAUUGUCUUGCUGCUGGAUAACCCGCCAGAUAAUCACUUUCUGGAGGCCAUCUGCUGUUUUCCUAUGGUCUACUACAUGGCUGGGACCAUAGACAAUCUGGACAGCCUGCUGCAGUGUGGCAUCAUCUACGCCGACAAUUUGGUUGUUGUGGAUAAAGAGAGUACAAUGAGUGCUGAGGAGGACUACAUGGCCGAUGCCAAAACUAUUGUUAAUGUGCAGACGAUGUUCAGGCUGUUUCCCAGUCUCAGCAUUAUUACAGAGCUUACUCAUCCAUCCAACAUGAGAUUCAUGCAGUUCAGAGCAAAGGACUGUUAUUCUCUGGCCCUCUCCAAGCUGGAGAAGAAAGAGCGUGAUAAAGGUUCAAACUUGGCCUUCAUGUUUCGCCUACCCUUUGCUGCAGGGAGAGUUUUCAGUAUCAGCAUGCUGGACACCCUGCUGUACCAGUCUUUUGUGAAGGAUUACAUGAUCCUUAUUGCAAGGCUACUGCUGGGGCUGGACACCACUCCAGGAUCAGGAUACCUCUGUGCUAUGAAAGUAACAGAGGAGGACUUGUGGAUUAGUACUUAUGGAAGACUGUUCCAGAAACUCUGCUCCUCUAGUGCCGAAAUUCCUAUUGGGAUCUAUCGGACAGAAUCACAUAUUUUCUCGACAUCUGAGUCACAGGUGUCCGUCAGUGUUGACGACUGCGAGGACACGAAGGACAAGGGGGACGAGUCUCGCAGCAAUGACCAGUCAGAUCACCCCUUGCUGAGGAAGAAGAGCAUGCAGUGGGCACGGCGCCUGAGUAAGAAGAGUGUGAGGUGGCAGGGGUCAAACCGGGACUCGAGUAAGGACCACGCCCAGCGCAUCGCUCAGCAGCGCCUCAACCUCUACAGGCGAUCCGAGAGGGAGGAGCUGUCUGAGCUGGUCCGCAACCGCAUGAGACAUCUUGGCCUCCCGACCUCCGGAUAUGAAGACUUAACCAAUCUGACAGCCAGUGAUGUCAUGAACAGAGUCAAUCUGGGAUACCUACAAGAUGAGCAGAACGAUCACCAGAACACGCUGUCCUACGUCCUCAUUAACCCGUCCCCAGACACCAGGCUGGAGCUCAAUGAUGUUGUGUACUUGAUUCGUUCGGACCCUCUGGCUCACGUCCCGGAGGAGCCUCCGGUCCACAGAAGCAGCCUGAAAGAGAGACACGAGUCCAGCAUAGAAACCAGAGAGGACACCCAGCUCUGAUACCGUGCUGACCUUCACCGGUACACUCCUUCAUAAUCAUACCUCCCCCUUCAGUUUACAUGGGGGUCUCUGGUUGCAGGUCCAGCCCUGAAAGAGGACAAUUUGUGCUACAAUUUUCCAGCACAGCAGUCAAAAAACUGUAUUAUAUGAGUGCCUACUGUUUGGCAGGUGACAUUUGACGUCAUCUGUGACAUUUCCAUCUUCCUGCCACAGACAUUGUUUGUAGGGAUAGUGCAGUUGUUGAAAGCUCUCUCAGAUGAGCAGUCCAGGACAAGCUUGUUAACAAACGAAGUGAGCGGACUGACAGAAGGGAUAUGAAUCAGGUCCAACACACCUGCAUUUGCACCUUUGAUUUGUUAGAGUUUCACCAGACAGAAAAGAAUUCGGAUCACACUUUAAUGAUUUACAUUGUUGUUGCAACGUCCUGAGUUUCAGAGUGGAUUGUAUAUUUUGUCUCUGCUCUUUUGGGUUGCGGCUCCCUCAGGAAAUGUGCAAAUUGAGCAUCAAGAUUAGAAAUGUUGAGCUGUAGGCUGAUGACCCAAGAUUUAUCAGUCUUUUCUUCAGAUUUAACAGAAAUCAGAUGCACAUAUUCUGAAUAUCCAGUGGCCAUAAACUUACAUAUUCACCACCAAUCGCAUAAAAUCAAACAUAACCUUCAACACUAUGUGACUUAAAUAAAAUAUGUGCAUUAAAGCUUUCCUUUAAAGCUUACUUUUUGUAGCUGAACCAUAGAAGUAGUUAUUCAGUGGUGUAGAGGUCUUAAUUAGUAGGUUAUGUAGAAAUAAUGAUUGUUAUUUAUAUGUUUCUCUGCAGUACAUUUCUAAGGUUGGAUGAGGUUUUUGCACUACGAGUGUGUAGUUCAGCCCUUUAAACAGGCCGUGCCAUAUAUUCAGUAUUGUACCUUAAAGGAUUUAGUUCAUUUGUACUAUAUUAGUAAUCAGAAAAUCUCAUUUAAUAAUGUCAGCCAUGCUCAGUGAAAGAAUGUGCUUAUAAAUUUACAAUUGUGGCUGUUUGGACAAAGUAUGCAUUUCUAGAUGCUGCAUCCUGUACACAAGAAUUUUUGACUCUUUGACUUCAUCGAUACGUAAAUGUUGAAGAUAUUUGUACUUAAGUUUCAUUUAA